CGGUCUCGGUGCACCUGUUCCUCCUCGGACCACCAGGACUUUCCUCACAACUGCUCCUUCUCUCCCCCUCCUCCUCCUCCUCCUCCUCCUCCCUCCUCCUCCUCCUCCUCCCUCCUCCUCCUCCUCCUCCUCCUUCUCCUCCUCCUUUUCCUCCCCCUCGCCGAUCAUUGGAGCCUUCUGGAAUCCGCGGCCUUCGCGUCCAGGCCCUUUUUACGUCGCAGCGCGGCAACGGCAGUCCGCUCGCGCGUCCUGGCAGCCCGGGCUGCGGGUGAUGCGAAUGGCCCGCAUGCAAGGGGAGGGGAAACAAGGCCGAUGCGGCGGCCGCAGAGGCAGGAAGAGGGAAAGGAGGGCGCACUUGCGCGGCGAGGCCGCGGGGGGGCGCGCGGGGCGGCCAAGCCCGGCGGAGCUUUUAACACCACGCCCCACAGAGGCCAGCAGAAGUCUGCGGACGUGCGGCAGGCUCGUGCCGCGACGACCCCGGCGCUGGCGCCCGAGGCAGCGGCAUUCGUGCAGCCUCGACCGAGCGACCGUUUCCUAA